GGCUUGUUUCUCGCCAUUACAAACGCAACUCAACAACCUCUUAUUCUCUUUUCCAGUAAGGUUUGCCGGCGUCAGUUAUUCACGGUUGUUUCUGUGAAAAUCUCAUAACAUCUUACUAUAAUAAUGGCUGAUGAAUAUUUUUUCGCUUUAACCCUCACGGGAAAAAAUAACGAAGUAUGGGACCCAGAAGCGAAGGGGGCCGAAGAUUAUCAAGGAGGACAUAAACUGAUAAUCAAACAAGCUUUGUUAGGACCUGAAGCUGCCGAAGGUGAAGUCAACGUAGUUCAAGUGGAAGCUAUGACUUGGAAAGAUUCCGUUAAAAUUCCAGUUGCAACCCUGAAAGCUGGUAGUCCAAACAAUCAGGUAUUGCUUGAUUUGUCUUUCCCAGACCCUCCAGUAACUUUUUCGCUGAUCCAAGGGAAUGGGCCCCUACAUCUUAUUGGUCACCAUUUAAUUGGUAGUCCCAUGGAAGAAUUUGAUGAAUUAGAGGAAGAAAUGAUGGACGAUGAAGAGGAAGAGGAGGGAGCUGAGGAGGGAGGUAAUACUAAUAGAAAACGAAAAUUAUCAAAUGGAAAGUUGAAGGAGGAAGAAGACGAGGAAGAAGAACCAAAAGCAAAAAAAGCCAAAACUGCAACAAAUAGUAAGGGCAAAACACCAGUAAAGAAUAAUGCGAAGGCUGCUGCAAAAAAAUAAUUUAGUAUAAGUUUUUCUUUUAUAAUUUAGUUUUAUGUCUUUCCUGAAUUGUAAUUGUAGAUCAGUAUAACAAUUCUGGUGGGAAAUGAUUAUGUUGCAGUGUAUGACGUAUUUGUGAAGUUAUUUUAUUCCAAAUGUAACCUCCUCUUUUUAUGUGAAUUACUCUUAAGCCCAAUAUCUAGAUAUUUAUUUCAAGUUCAGUUGAUGUAAAUAUACAUUCUCAUUAAAUUAGUUUUUUUCUAAA